GCGAGCUAUACCAGGCCAGUCAAAAGGAAAACAAAAGUUGUUUGCAUCGAAGGUUCUGCUUUAAAAUGCACUAGAAGACGACACUUGAAAAAGAAAAGAACACAAAGAGACAACGGAAAAGGAAAACUGCAUUGCCGUUCUUAGUGGUCGGAGAACACUUUCAUAUUGCGAAGCGCGUCAGAGAGUUAUUGACCGAAAUGGAGUGGUACCCACUGGCGCUGGUUCUUUGCUUGAGUUUUCCAUCUUCCGCCCAGGCAGACUGCUCGACCCACUGUUUAAUCUGCGCGCAACGGAGUCCCAAUUUAGACACGCUCAUCAACAGUCUGACUUGCACUUUAGAGUGUGAAGGUACCCUCUCAUCUACAGAAGAAAUAGAUAAAUGUGAGAAUGUCCUUCGGUCAUACGCUGGUGGUUCGAAUGCCUUAAACGAAAGAAAUGACCCUGAACUACGUGGCCCUCAGCAGGGAAACCCACAGACCAUAACUACUGGCAAUGUAGUAAAGCGAUACGGCGGAUUCAUCAAGAAAAUAGACAAAAACAAAAUAUUUACUGCUCUCCCACGUGACACUGCUAGUCUUAAACGGUUUUUCGCCCCGAAAUAUGACAACUCUCUCAGAAAAUUGUCGGAAAGAGACAUCCCAGAGGCGGAGCAGGAUUCCCAGCAGGAAGAUGGAACUUCGGAAGACGAAUUGACAGUCUUCGGCGACGACACUCCCAUCAAUGAAGUGAAGCGCUAUGGAGGUUUUCUCAGGAAAUUUGGCCCCAAGAGAAGCUACAACUCGGCGGACGAAAACAGUCAAGAGGAGUUACAAAAACGUUAUGGGGGUUUCAUGCGGAGAAUUCGGCCGAAACUCAAGUGGGACAGCCAGAAAAGAUAUGGGGGCAUUUUGCGGCGCCAUUUUAAAAUAUCUGUUCGAUCGGACGAAGAGCCAGGCUCAUACGAUGUCAUUGACCUAUAGAUUACCUUUGGAACUUAAAUCACCAGUGCACAGGAAUUCUCAUUAUCCGUUCUCCCCCAUUCUAUCUUCUGAUUACCAGGCCCCACUAGGCAGUUGUAAUAUUGCUGUAAGGCACAUUUAGAAUGAUAUCUGAUUUUGUCAGUCACCUUUUACUGAAUUGGGGACUAACCAAUAAUACAUUGAUGUACCUGAAAAUGUUAUUUAUUUCUAAUCAGAAAUGCUUGUAUAAUAAAAUUAAACGAACAAUAAACAUAAACAAAUGCAUA